AGUACCUGUCACUUCUAUGCUAUUGUUGAAAGCAUUAAUGAUAUGGAAGAAAACCCACCUCCUGAUCCAAAUAAUAAAUUAACAGUCAAAGAACUUCAGCAGCAAAUAGAUUUUACUGAUGAAGAUCUGAUCCAAGCUGCGAUAGAAGUCAAACAGGUAGAAGAGGAAUUCGUAAUACCAACCUUAACUGGAGAAGAACAAUUGAAUAUUUUGCGUGGUGCCUUGAGGAUCGUGAAUGAAAGAAUCGAUGAUAGUGGUAUAAUAAUGAAAUCCUUACGCAAACUACAAUCCUGUAUUCGAGAAGAGGUUCAGAAAGAGAAGGCCAGGAAGCAAGUCCAAUGUAGAUUGGAUCAAUACUUCACUUGA